CGAGGACACACCGAGCGCUCAAAGUCUCACACAACUCUUUAAACCUUCCAUCCUGCGCGCUGCCUCCUCACAGACAAUCACACAGACGCACAGAGCCUUGAUGAGAAGAGAAGAGAAGAGCCGAACCGUGCCAAGCUACCGGAUUUGCGCACAAGAAUGCAAAAGAAAAGUGUGUUUGUGCCUCUAGUGAUUUUUGCGCCGGAUAAAUUUCACUCAUGUGGGAGAGUUUCCUCUGCUCGGGACUUUGCUUUGGUUUGAUGGGCGCGCACACGCUUGGAUUUCUGCUGAUAACAACGGGGGCUGACGAGAGCGAAUGAAGUGAGGAGUUUUUCAUCCUCAGCUCCACAGGAAGUUAAAAAGAAGAAAAAACAACAGCAGCAGGGGUUCACCAGGUUUGACUUGAGGACUGUGAAGCUGCACAUUUCUACCAAACGGAACCAAAUGCAGAGAGAGAGAUGCAUCUGGGCAAGGCUUUACUGUUUGUCCUCCUCCUCAACUGCGCAACUUUGAGCUCGUCCCUGUCGACUUGUGCCACCGUGGAUAUUGACCAUGUGAAGAGGAAGAGGGUCGAGGCGAUACGGGGUCAGAUCCUGAGCAAACUGCGGCUGACGAGUCCUCCGCACUCCCUCGGACCGAAUAAAGUCCCUUAUCAGAUCCAGGCGUUGUAUAACAGCACCAAGGAGCUACUGGAGGAGCUCGGGAGGGACCGGCAGCAGAGUUGCGGUCAGGACAACACCGAGACAGAGUACUAUGCCAAAGAGAUAUACAAAUUCAACAUGGUCUACGGACCGCCAGAGAGUAACGAUGUGCUCUAUUGCCUAAAAGGCAUCACCUCUAAGGUUUUCCGCUUCAACGUCUCCGCCAUGGAAAGGAACUCAACCAACCUCUUUCGAGCGGAGUUUCGAGCUCUGAGGAUGCCAAACUCCAGCGCCAAGAGGAAUGAACAGCGGAUUGAGCUCUACCAGAUUGUGAGGCCAAAUGAACACAUCAGAAAACAACGCUACAUCGCAGCCAAGAAUGUGCUGACCAAGGGUACUCCAGAAUGGGUCUCCUUCGAUGUGACUGAAACAGUGCGGGAGUGGCUGAUGAACAGAGGAAGUAAUCUAGGCCUGGAAAUCAGUGUGCACUGCCCCUGCCACACCUUCAACCCAAAUGGGGACAUCAUUGACAAUGAGCACGAGGUGCUGGAGGUGAAGUUCAGAGGCGUAGAUGAGGAGCAAAGUCGCUUGGAUCUGGACCAGCUGAAGAAGAAAAAGGAACAGUACCUGCCUCACCUCAUCCUCAUGAUGAUCCCGCCCCACCGCUUGGACACUCAGUACACUCGCCGACGCAAGAGAGCACUGGACACAAACUACUGUUUCUCAAACACGGAGGAGAGCUGCUGUGUUCGCAAACUCCACAUCGAUUUCCGACGUGACUUGGACUGGAAGUGGAUCCAUGAGCCCAGUGGCUACGAUGCCAACUACUGCUCUGGGCCCUGCCCUUACCUGAGGAGCUCAGAUACGACACACAGCUCGCUGCUGAGCCUGUACAACACCCUGAAUCCGGAGGCAUCGGCUGCCCCCUGCUGUGUUCCUCAAGACCUGGAACCUCUCACUAUACUCUACUACUCUGGACGGACCCCGAAAGUGGAGCAGCUCUCCAACAUGAUUGUCAAGUCUUGCAAGUGUAGCUGAGAAGACACUGAACGGCGAGGUAGAGUGGCACGAUUUCUGCUCGGUACUGACCAAACCCAUGUGCUCUUUUGAACUCUUAGCUGUGACAAAUACUUAAACUGACCCUGUGGACUCGUGGCUUAGAUCUGGAAGGUCACACUUUUUUUUUUUCUUCUAAGGAUACAGAUUUUAGUAAAACUGGGGCUCAUCCUUUCCUUGUUUGGUAUUUUUUUCCCCACCCCCUCAGUCUGUUCUUAGUUACGAGUAGUUAUUUUAAUCUUAAAAGGUGCAACCCAAACCAAACGUAGUCUGACAAUCAAGGUUUGAUCUCAAAAAAAUAUUUCUGUCUAGGUUUGUGAAAAUGCACAGCACCCUCUUAAAGCUAGAUUACAGAGUCCUGUAUGAAUGGAAGAGACUUGCUCUGUGCUAUAUUUUCUACUUCAGAGCUCAAGCAAAUGUUCCACAAAGUUCAAGUCUACACAUUCAGUAGAGAAGCUUUUGUGUGUCUAGCCCUGGAGCAGCAUUGUUAAUAGUCACAAAUGUAGACGCCACUCCGCUGAACGGUUGAAGUGUCCUUUCUGACUGGAUUCCUCCCUUGAACUUGCCUUAAGCUCCCUUCCCUUCAAACAGUGGGCAUUAUCUUCAAUCACAAAAGGAGAAAGGACAGACUUGCUGCUGUAUCCAAAGCCAUAGCUGUGGUCAGGGAAAAGGAGAGCCGAAAGAGAAUGCCUGUUGGAUUUGCAAUGGAAAGUGAAUGAACAAAGAAGUUGAGCCAAGCUUUUCUUUUUUUGGCCAGCCAGCAGCAAUGGCCCUUUUUUUUUGGUGCAUCUAAUAGAAUGGGUAGAAGAAGAAGAAGAAAGAGAAGAAGAAGAAGAAGGAGAAGGAGAAGAAGAGGGGACCUGUAUGCAAGGGAAGAACUACCAUGGAAACAAGCCAUGAGCUCACUGACUGCCAUUCACUGGAAGUUUUCAUCCCUAACAGGUUCAAAUUAUUUUUGGGACAUCAAAGAGUAUACUGGAAAAGAACAAGUCUUACGCAACAGUUUUUUUUUUAAUUUUUUUUUUUUUUAAAUGGGAUUUAUUUUACAUUAAUAGCAGAUUUUGGUCUGUUAUGCAACUUGUCAUAUAGUGAUUUUUUUCACUAACUGGGAUGAAAUUUGACGUAUCUCCAUUGGUGGAAACACACUUAUAUUAAACCCAGAGUACUGAUGCAUUUUUUUUUUGUCUUGUGCAUAAAAAUAACCUAAUUAUUUUUGACCUGUUGUAUUUGAUCAAGUUUAUGUUGGACGAAAAUCAUGUUGUAUUAAAAGUUGACUGUUCCCAGAAAAGUACAUCAGAGCACUUUUCUCCUGCAAUAACAGGAAAUUUAAAGAAAUUUAAAAUACAGCUGUUUUAUUUCUUCUAUUUUCAAUCAUACUAUCCUACCACUAGAGAUGUUCCGAUACCAGCAUCGCAAAUGCCGCCGAUACCGACCAAAAUGUAGAGUUGGAUAUCGGCGAGUGUGCAAAUCUAUGUAUAUCGAUCCGAUAACACGUUUUUAAAGUAUUUUAGUUUCACUCAACUGUUCAUCCACAGGUAGUGUCGCAUUAGCCAGAGCUAGCUAAGAUGUCUGCAAUUUGGCAAUGUGUCAAGCUGGAAUCAGAUCGGUGCUUGUUAUUGGAAUCUGUGAGGGGGAAACGGAUAUCAGAACAUCUCUACCAAUCAAUCACCUGUCACCUUUCACGCAUACCCGCUGACAAGCAUGUGCACGUGCAGUCAGGACUCCCGUGUUCAUAAAACACUGCACUCUUUCAUUCCCUCUGCUCCGUCUCUGUUUGUUUUGGUGCUAUUUUACAGUGUGAAGCCCAAAUGGAACAACAGAAGGAAGCAGGCGGGGGAACGAAGCAGUAACGUGACAGUGGCUUGGUGAACACUUAGACCUCCUCGUUCUCUGGGUCAGGAGAGUGAUUCUGAAUCCCUGUGCCGUUUGACAUUGACCCCGUCAGAGUUAUCUGGCCUUUAGGUGACAUUUAUGUGAUGUUUUUUUUUUUUUUUGCAGAAAUAUUGUUUUUGUUUGAGUUGUUGAUGAUAAUUGUUAUUAAAAACACAACAUGCAAAA